AUAAACCCUAAUCUUUAUGUCCAUCAGCACCACCUCCAACCGCAAGAAGAAAAGAGAGCGGGCCGCUAUAGCUAGAUAGCUGCUGCUGCAGAAGAAGAACUGCUUUUCUUCUUGAGAAACCAUAUCUCAGAAGCGUAGCUUUCCUCUCUUCUGCGCAGCACUAUAUAUUUAUACAUAUUAUCUAGCUUUGUGAUAUAUUUAUAUAAAUAUCAAGAGAAUAAGAAUGGCUCGCUCUCACUCCUACGUUAAGCUUCUUGUUGACACGCUUUCGCUUCCUAUCUUCCUGAGAGGCUAUUCGGCGACUGCACAUGAGGCUGCAUCAGCGAGGGGAGGGUUCAGGAGUGGUUUGGUGGGGAAAGUGGAACAAAGGGCCGCGAUAAAAGAAGAUUCAGGGGCCUGCUCUGCUUGGGCCCCGGACCCAGUCACGGGAUACUAUAGGCCAGCUAAUCGUGCGGCGGAGAUUGACCCGGCUGAGCUUCGUGAAACGCUAUUAAAUCACAGGGUUAGGCCGCACUGAGAUCUUGUGGUGAUGUUGUGGGUAUCAAAUAAUAGUUGUUUUUUUUAACUGUUUCAUUGUAUGGCUUUUCUGAUCGAUCUAAGCUCGUCAAUGAGUAGUCGACCCAUCUUAGUUCUUGCUUAA